AUGAUUGAACCCAUCGGUCUUGUUGGUACCCUCAUUGCCAUCGUCCAGAUAUCUGGCAAGCUCGUUUCUCUGUGUUAUGACUACCACAAUGGUGUCAAAGGUGCACCUCGAGAAAUCUCACAGUGUUUGGGCGAAGUGACAGAUGUUCGCAACAUCGUCGAAACCCUCCUAAAGAUUGCAGGCGCCGACACCAAUCCUGACCUGCCAACUCUACAGUCCAUGAAUGAGCCAGCUUCACCAUUGCGAGAGUGCUUAACAGAGCUCUUGAAUCUGAAGGCUCUCCUGAAGCCCGAUAAGAAGUCUACCGACAAGAACUCUAAACUCAACAGUACCAAUUUGCUCUGGCCUCUCCGGCGGGCCGAGGUGAAGAAGCGUCUGGACGCUAUUGCCAGGAUCAAGGGUACGCUGCAGCUUGCGGUGUCGGCAGAUAAUGCUCAGAAUAUUGUCGAUAUUCUUAACAAUGCCCGCUCACUACCUCGUAUUGAGGAGGCACUCGGUAUUCUCAAGACGCAGAUCGAAACAAAUGCGAAAGACAACGAAAGGGAACAGAUACUACGCUGGCUCGCUGCAGACGAACAAGCGUUCAAGUAUCGAGACCACCUCGAGAAACGAGUUGAAGGCACUGGCGAAUGGCUUCUUCAACACGAGUCGUACCUGAAAUGGAAGAAUGAGUUUGGGGAAAUAUUGUGGCUGAGUGGAAUUGCUGGCUGCGGGAAGUCUGUCAUGUGCGCAAAUGUCAUCGAGGCGAUCGACGCUCACUGCAAAGGGCUCGAAGAUGCGACCGUUCUGUACUUCUUCAUCGACGGGUCCGAGCAAAGGCCGUUCGACAUCGGGAGCUUGUAUAAAACCUUUGCCGGGCAACUUGCAUCUCGCAGGAGCGAUCUCUCAUACACUUUGCGACACUUUGCAAACCUGUGGCGCUCGCACGGCAACGGAGGGCAUCGGUUGCAGGACGGGUUGCGUCACUAUCUUCGUGAGGAGUUCGCGCACCUUGGCCAUAUAUACCUCGUCAUCGACGGUGUGGACGAGUGCCAGGAGUCCGUAGGAAUCGAUGCCCUGAUGAACUUGCUGAAGAGCCUGCGGAACGACGCAAAUCAGAGACUGCAUAUUCUUAUAUCAAGCAGAGACCUCGAGGUGAUUCGACAAAAUGUCGCAGCCGUUCAAGCGCGGCGUAUUGUGAUGCAGGACGAACCACUCCAGUCGGACAUACAGAGAACGGUCCGAAGCAAACUAUCCGACAAUCCUCAAUUUGCUCGAUGGCCAACGGCAAUCAAGUCAGAGAUAGAAACAUCCUUGUCAGCGCAGGCACAGGACUCCUUUCGUUGGGUGGAAUGUCAACUACAAACCCUCAGAAAGUGUUCAACUCUAGCAGCGGUGCGAAAGGUCCUAGAUAACCUUCCAGAAUCCCUUGAGAUUCACUACAGGCGAGACCUCGAGAAUGUCCAUGAAGCAAAUAAGCCACUGGUGAGGAACCUUUUAAAGUGGAUUGCGUUCAGCUUGCGCCCGCUAUCUGUUGGUGAAUUAGCGUGUUCAAUGCCAAUCAACAAUGAAGGACAUGAGUUCCCAUACUUCGACGAGGAGCUAGAACCGCUUGACAUGGAGACAUUUCUUGAUUCCUUCUCGACUUUUGUCACGACCUUCUGUGGCGUCUUGGACUCGGGUGGCGGCCAUCGUGUCUACGUCAAGCUCGCCCAUUUCUCUGUCAAGGAGUUCCUGCUGUCCGAGGCCAUCCAGAACAGUGCUUGCUCCACAUUUGCUCUGGAAAGAGAGCUUGCUCAUUCGUGCCUGGCCAAGUCAUGUUUGCUAUACCUUCAGAAUAUACCCGAAGUACUGUCUGAUGAUGCGCGCGCCGCCCAUCCCUUCUUACAUUACGCAGCUUCUUUCUGGCUCGAGCAUCUGCGUAUGGGAACGCAAGUCUGGACUGGUCCGCCCCUGAAGUGGAUGCUUGAGGCUAUGUUCGAUGACAGGGAAGUCUACUACAAAAACUGGCAGAACACGUCCUGCAUUGACAAACCUUGGCUAGACCGUGGUCUUGAGGAGGAGCAGGGAGUCUACGACCGCCUCUAUUGUGCUGCUUAUCUUGGGCUUGGAAGUAUCGUCGACAACUUGCUUCAUCAAGGCGCUACGCCAAACGCGACCUGUGGACUGUACGGAUUCCCCCUCCAGGCAGCUGCUGUACAGGGUAAUCUGUCGAUUGUCCACGCGUUGCUUGAAGCAAAUGCUGAUGUCAACCACAAAGGAGGCAGAUAUGGGUCGGCUAUUGCAGCUGCAGCUGCAAAAGGCCACGAAGAGGUGGUGGUAGUGCUCAUAGGAGCUGGGGCCAGCGUUCAACCAUUUCGUAAAACCUUCGGCACCAGAACCAGGGAUCCAUUGUUCCUUGCAGCGAUCAAUGGUCAUUGCGCAAUUUGUGAGCUGCUGCUAAGGCAUGGUGCUGAGGACGAUUUCUCGAUCAAAGGAGACCCAGGCUCCGCUCUCGAAGCUGCUGUCCAAAUCGGUCGUCUCGAUAUUGUCAGGGUACUACUAAAGCGUCAAGAGGAUUUUGACUUGAUCAUCGCCAGCCAGCCAUCAGCAGCACAGUCGGGGAACAUUCAGCUUGUUCGGGAAUUGCUUCCUUACGGUAGUAAAGCAAGACAACUCAAGAUGGCUGCGAGAGCAGGGGACACAGCUACCGUUGUACAGUCACUGAGAGAUGGAGCACGCCUCACCGAUCAACAAGACUGUGUGUAUGAGUAUGAUUUCGAUUUCCCAGAGGCUAUUCAAGGGGCGGCAAUCGGCGGUCACAUCUCCACCGUUCGGACGUUACUGUCAGAAGGAGCUGAUCCAUCCAAUGCUCUUACAUCCGCAGUACACGGCGGAAGCCUUGAGAUCGUACAGAUGCUACUUGACGCAGGAGCUGGUGUGAAUGAGAAGGAGUCGUCGAGACCACUGAAGACGGCCGCCGAAAGCAGACGCCGGGAUUUCGUUGAAUUGCUACUGCAGAACGGAGCUGAUCCAUCCAGUGCUCUUACGUCCGCAGUAGAAGGUGGGAGUCUUGAGAUCGCACAGAGGCUACUUGACGCAGGAGCUGAUGUGAACGAGGACUCUUCGAUGCCGUUGCAUAAGGCCGUGGAUCAAGGACGCCGAGAUCUAAUUGAGUUCUUGGUGUCGAACGGCGCCGAUACACACCAGGCACUUUACAAGGCUGUGAGAACAGGCAGCAUCGAUAAUUUUCGACUACUGGUGGAGCUUGGUGCUGACCCAGCCCUACGAAGACCAGAAGACGCUGUGUCGAUGCUUCGAGCCGCUACCAUCGGGGGAUCCAGCCCUAUCGUACAAUAUUUGCUCGAAACUGGCCACAAGCCAGGUCCCUACGACAAAUGUACAGAGACCAGUCCGUUGACUGAGGCUAUCCGGUGUCAUCGCUGGCAAAUUGCCAAGCUCCUGCUGAAAGCCGGCGCCGACGUCAAUCCGCCAAUUGCCCAUGAUGCAAAAUGCUCUGAAUUUUACAAUCCAUCUGAUUGGGAGCUAAAUUGGUACUGGGACUCGCCACCGCCAGCACUUGAGGAAACACCACUAUCCUGUGCAAUCAAAGAACGGAAUGAGGCGCUUGCUCGUUUACUCAUUGACCGCGGUGCGCUGGUUGCGCCUCAGAGCCCUCCAACAACGGGGACACCGCUGCUAUAUGCAGCGAAGGAGGGGUUGGUGGAGCUCGUGAGGGAGUUGCUGUCUCGGGGGGCCGAUGCAAAUCAACAAGGGACAUUCAUCAGCCGCGGCAAACCGACUCUUCCGAUUGUUCUUGCGGCCCAACACGGCAACGAAGAGAUGAUUCGUCUCUUAAUCAAUGCUGGCGCAGACCCAAAUGGGCAGGACAGCGAGGGAUUUAGCGCUCUCCACAAGUCUGCUGCGUGCAGCAACGCAGAUGUUUUGAAACUCCUCCUUGAAGAGUACAAUGGCGACAUCAACCUGCGGCUCUUGAACGGGAGCCGACCUAUUCAUUCAGCAGCGUCCAGCGGCCGAGUGGAGCAGAUUAAAACCCUCCUUGCUGCUGGAGCCGACAUCGACAGUCAGAACGACGACGGGAUGACGCCUCUGCACUGGGCGGCCGAGGGAGGAUGCUGGGACGCCGUCGAAUUACUGCUGGAUCGAGGAGCAGUGACAGACAUAAGGGCGGAUUGUACAGGUGUCACCGCACUGGAUCUGGCACAGCUUGCCCGUCAAGAGCCUGAUUGGAAAAGGCGGAAGAAUGAAGGAUGGGAUAAGGAGAGGGUCGAUGGUCUCAUGGAAAGAUUGAAGCCACGGGCGAAGAUCCCGUAGUCCCACCCAGGGCCUGGUAAUCUCCUAUCCAUACCGGCUUCUUUGUCG